AAAUACGUAAAUUGACAUUUUUAUUAGAAAUGACUAAUUCUUUUUAACAACUAUAUCCUUGUUUUCCUGCGAUUUAAAAUUUUGAUCGUACCAUAUUUAAUCAUCCAGCUAUUGUUUUGCAGUAUUGUUUGUAUAUUAAGUAAAAAUAUAACAUGAUGGAUACUGGUGAGGCCAGAGUAGGUUCCAAAUUAAUUAGAAGCAAAUUACAUUCUGAUAAAGUCAUUUGUACUAAGGGUGUGACUUAUGCAGUACGAUAUGUAGGAAAUUUAGAAAUAACAACAUCAAUGAGAAAUUUAGAUUUCGAAACUAGAUCGCUGGUAGCAAAAGAAUGCAUCAAUAGAGUGUGUGAAGUUGCAGGUUUGAAGACAAUAAAUAAAAAACAAAAAACAGAUAAGAAAGUUUUAAGAUCCAUCAGUGAUACACCUUCAAUGGAGCAUGCAGGUUCCAAUGUAAAUUUAACUAUAUCAAGUAGUAGUCUUACUAUAUCAUCAUUAGAAACUGGUCAAACAAUAUCAUGUCACGAUACUCCAAGAAUAUCAUUUGCUUCUGGUGGCGACAUAGAAACAUUAGAUUUUGUUGCAUAUGUGGCUAAAAACUUGAACAAUUACCGUGCUUGCUACGUGCUGGAGUGCGGAGGUGGUUUGGCUCAGGAUGUAAUAGCUACAAUAGCACAGGCAUUUGAGCUGAGAUUUCAAGAAUUCAUGAUAGAACCUUCAGCAACGAUACACUGUAUGGAGCAUGAUCGUGAUUAUUAUAAUGAUUUGCCAAACAAAGUACCACCUGAUAUGGCACUACCCAGUCUUCCAAAAACUGCUGAACAAACAAGCAAUUUAUCCAGUAAUAGGCCAAUAAGUGUAAAUAAUCUAAUUGACUUAAACACUCCUACGUGCUGCAAACCUAUUGAGCAUAAUUAUGUUAAUGAUCUUAAUAUUGAUACAGGGAUUACCAAGGAUGUAUUUGAUAUGCAGCCAUUUCAGCCCGCUGUUCUCUCUGAUUGGCCAAUACAACCAUUAACAGCAGAAUCACAAAGAAAUGAACUUUUAAAAGAAAAUUGGUUUCAUGGUCCCAUCAGUAGAGUUGUUGCUGAGGGUUUGGUAAAAACUGAUGGAGAUUUUCUAGUUCGAGAGUCACGAGCAAGUCCUGGACAAUAUGUGCUGACUGGUAUUCAAGGAGUUAAUAAGAAGCAUUUAUUACUUAUUGAUCCUAAAGGAGUGGUUCGCACCAGAGAUAGAAUGUUUGAAAGUAUUUCACAUUUAAUAAAUUAUCAUUGUGUCAAUGCGUUGCCAAUAAUAUCAUCAGAAACUGCUUUAAUGUUAAGAAAUCCAAUACUAAAAUCACAAUAGAAUACUUAAUACAACAUUGAACAUCGACAUUUGAACAAGGACGAGAAUAAGAACAAAUUGGAAUUGAAAAGACAAGUAAUGUGUGUGUGUGUGUAUGAAUUAUUAAUGCAAAGUAUAUUAUGACUACUAUAAAAUAACUUUUGUUAUUGAUAUUAUUAUAAAUUUAUAGUAUUGAUUUGAUUAUAAAAUUUUAUAAAAUGGUUCA